CGACGGUGCUGGCUUGAUUCAGCGUCUACUGUUUUCCUUCCUUCCACGACGAUGAGGGGCACUGGGCUACAGCUUUCUUGCGACAACAGCUUUGAGCCUUUGACACUACACCACAUCGAUUUCCUGGAGGACCCUUGCAGCGUACUAAUAGCGAAAACUCAUGAUGGAUAGGCUGCAGUGGUUCGAGCGUUAUGGAGAUUAUAUUAUUCCACCUAAUCGGUUCCAACAGGGUCUUUCCGCCUUCACCGAGACCGGCCAAGCAGAAUCGCCCAUUCCAGUGCUCAAACAACGGUUCUAUACUGGUAGAAAAUCCGUCAUACCAUCCUCUUUGGCUAACGUUCUCUGUGCCGACAUUGGUAUCGAUGAACUUUUAGAGAAGCUCAACACCAUCCUCGGCACGUCGUACACUCUGGAAAACCGUCCCCUUUCCUCUCUUCUCGAAAACUAUAUCGCCAAGGGCUAUGACUUUGGCACUGUCUAUGCGCACCUUCGCCCAGUCUGGUACAAUGACUUGACCACCAUUGAAAACCACCUACGCACCUGCGAAGCACGAGAUCGGGAGAUGCGACAAGAUGUACUCGCCAAUAAUAGAAUCAUCACCACGAUGAUGCCUCCUCGACGCGUCUGGCACCUGUACAGCAAUCGGGUAGUGCCCUGGUGGAUCGCACACCAAUGGCCGCGGGCAAUAUCGCACGCGUGGAUGGAAGAAAAGGAUUGCGCGGAUGUGCAGACACCCAUAAACGGAUAUAGAUGGUCUGUGUCGAUCCCGAAAGGUGUCAACCUCAACCUCAUCCGCAUCGAGAUGCUCAAUUUGGGUGCAGAGUAUGUAUGGUUGGACGUUCUCUGUUUGAGGCAGGCGGGCGGAUGGAGGGAGGAUCUACGCGUGGAGGAGUGGAAGGUGGACGUGCCCACCAUCGGCUGGGUGUAUCGCAGUAAGACGGCUGCAUGUUACUUCAAUGGGCUCGGACGGCCAUUGAGUAUGAACACAUGCAGCUUUGAGAGCGAUCGAAGUUGGUUCAGACGCGCAUGGACAUUGCAGGAGUUCUGCAGGGACUUGAUCAUUGUAAGGGAUACCAGCAACAAUGGGAUCGUGGAAGGGGAGAUACGAGUGAGAUAUAAGCAAAUGUCAUCGUUGCAGAGCAUGCAGAAGGAAGGGGACGUAUUUGACAUGUUAAGCGGGUGUCGACGAAUCCGGUGGAUAUAGUUGCUGGGUUGGCAUACUUUCUGGGGACGGGGGAGAUACCGGCAUAUCAUGAGAUGCAGUCUGAAGAGGAUGCAUGGACGACUCUGGUGGGUGUAAUGCCGGCGCGGUUUCGGGCAGAAUUGUUCUUCCUGUAUCCCGAGCCUGGAAACGGAGACAAAGGUUGGCGACCGUCAUGGAGACAAGCCGUGACUGAGGCGCUGUCAUUGCCUCGUCUUCCCUGGUUGAGGCGGGUUGAGCGGACGGAGGAAUCAGAUGCCGACUGGUAUCAGGGACCCU